CGCCCGGUCUGGCGUCCCUGGUGUCGCGCCCCGCCCCGGCCCGCCCUCCUGGCCGGCCCAGGCCUCCGGAGCUAUUUUGAAAGUGACCCUGGGCUCGGGCGCGGGGCGGCGGCGAGGGCGCGGCGGGCGGGAACCAUGACCGAAGAUGACCGAGGCGGCGCUGGUGGAGGGCCAGGUCAAGCUGCGGGACGGCAAGAAGUGGAAGAGUAGGUGGCUGGUGCUGCGCAAGCCGUCACCGGUGGCAGACUGCCUGCUCAUGCUGGUCUACAAGGACAAGUCAGAGCGCGCCAAGGGCCUCCGGGAGCGCAGCAGCCUGACCCUGGAGGACAUCUGUGGCCUGGAGCCCGGCCUGCCGUACGAGGGCCUGGCCCACACGCUAGCCAUCGUCUGCCUGUCCCAGGCCAUUAUGCUGGGCUUCGACAGCCGUGAGGCCAUGUGCGCCUGGGAUGCCCGGAUCCGCUACGCACUCGGUGAGGUGCACAGGUUCCACGUGACGGUGGCGCCAGGCACCAAGCUGGAGAGCGGCCCGGCCACCCUGCACCUCUGCAAUGACGUCCUCGUCUUGGCCAGGGACGUCCCUCCGGCUGUCACGGGGCAGUGGAAGCUGUCUGACCUCCGGCGCUACGGGGCGGUGCCAAACGGAUUCAUCUUCGAAGGCGGGACCAGGUGUGGGUACUGGGCCGGGGUCUUCUUCCUGUCCUCCGCCGAGGGGGAACACAUCAGCUUCCUGUUCGACUGCAUCGUCAGAGGCAUCUCCCCCACCAAGGGUCCCUUUGGGCUGCGGCCGGUUCUCCCAGACCCGAGCCCUGGGGGACCCUCAGCCUCGGAGGAGCGCGUGGCCCAGGAGGCCUUGGAAGCCCUGCAGCUGGAGAAGCGGCUCAGUCUCCUCCCGCCCACGGGCCGGCCGGGCAGUGCAGGGGAUGACCGCAGCCUGUCCAGCUCGUCCUCGGAGGCCAGCCACUCGGACGUCAGCGCCGGCGGCCGGCUCACUACAUGGCCAGAGCAGUCCUCGUCCUCCGCCAGCACGUCGCAGGAGGGGUCUGGGCUGGCGGCUGCCCAGGCCUCAGGGGAGGCUGCGUUGGGUGCCAUGAGGCCGCCCCCCAAACCGCUUCGGCCGCGGCAGCUGCAGGAGGUCGGCCGCCAGAGCUCCUCGGACAGCGGCAUCGCCACGGGCAGCCACUCUUCCUACUCGGGCAGCUUCUCCUCCUAUGCGGGCAGCAGCCUGGACGUGUGGCGGGCCGGCGAUGAGUUCGGCUCGCUGCUCAGCCUGACGCCAGCGGCUGGGGCGCCGGAGCCCAGCCUGUGCGCCUGCCCUCCCGGGGUGGCUGAGUACCAAGUGCCCACGGCCCUGCGGCCUCACUACGACACGCCCCGCAGCCUGCGCCAGGCCCCCAGGGACCAGAGCCCGGCCUCGCACGGCGGCCCUGAUGACAGUGCAGCCGGGGACUCGGGCGGCCAGACGUCCACCGGGUGUCCCUCCGGCUGGCUGAGUGCAAGACGGCAGGGACAGGCGACAGAGGGUGCCCCAGGCAGCGAGGCCACACUGCCCAGCCCAGCCCCUGCAGAGCUCUGGGGAGCAGGCGGCCCCCACGCUGGGCCCCCUCCAGCUUUCUUUUCGGCAUGUCCGGUCUGUGGAGGACUCAAGGGAGCAGCUGCCUCGCCCCCUGGACUCGAGAUGACACAUUCAGGAGCCCCGGGACUGGUGACUGUGAACAGCCCAGGGCCAGAGCGGCCGCACAGCGAGGUGCCUACCUACGUGAAUAUCCCCGUCAGCCCCUCCUCCAGAAGGCAGCUGCACUACGUGGGCCUGGAGCUCCAGGAGGCCGGCUCGGGGAUCCGAGGUUACCACCCAGUUCUCCAGCUGAUGGACGCCCACGAUGUUUCCAGUUUGGACUGCUGUGAAUAAAGCCACUGUGAACAUUCUCGCAGACACACACAUUUGUUUCUCUUGGAAUAUGUGUGGUUGUGGAAUUGCCAAGUUAUACGGUAGGGAAGUGUUUAUUUUUAAAAAGAAACUGCUAAGUAUUUUUCCAAAGUGUAUAUUGCACCAACAACGUAAGAGUCCCAUGGCCACAUCUCUCACCAAGCCUUGGUGUGGGGCCUGUCUUUCCGACUCCAGCCGCCCUGAGGGUGUGUAGUGGCAUCUUGCUGACACCGAGAGCCUUUUCGUCUCUCCCGACCACUUGGUAACUUCUUCAGCGAGGGGCCUGCUUAAUUGUUUACCCACUGAGAAAACUGGGUCGUAGGAUUCCUGACACUGCCUAGGAAUGAGCGCUUUCUCAGAUAUGUGCUGUAGUUUUUCACUCUGCCUUACUAGUCUACUUUAAGGUAUCUUUUGAUAAGCAGAGACCUUUAAUUUUGAUUAAACCCAAUUUUUCUUUUAUGACUCUUUUUGUAGCCUGUUUAAGAUAUUCUCCUGUUUGCCUCUAGAAGUUUUUUAAUUUUAGUUUUAACAUUUAGGUCCAUUCUGCAUCUUGACUUUCUGUAUGGUACAAAGUUUAAACAUUUCCCCCAAACGAGUUGCUCUACCUCCAUUUACUGAAAAGAUCUUUCCUUUAGAAUCUAGAGGUACUAUUUGGCUCUUCAAAAUCUACUGGGAAUUCCACUGUUCACAGUUCCUUGAAGAUGUUUUUGUCUUUUCUUUUGUAAACAAUAAACCCUUUUGGGCCGGGUGCGGUGGCCUAUAAUCCA